CACUUUAGUGUGUGGCGCAACCACACUGUCGGUGUCUGCUUGAGAGAGCUCAGAGUUGAGACUGGGGUGGGGGAAAGGGUUUAGUCAUUUUUCUGCAAUCGCCGGCCGCUCACAUGAGGAAAGACGCCUCACCGGCUACCGUCCCCGGCAACUCCGUCGGCAAAUUAUUCCUAUGUUUCGAAACUAAGCCCCUGGUUGCCACAUUACUGGCCCUCACCCUUGUCAUGGUCAUCUGGAAUCUCCAGCCCUACUACGAAAACCUCAUCUCCACCACCAGCCGCUGUUCCGCCACCGCCGCCGCCGCCACCGCCACCUCCACCACCAUCGCCACCGGUAAUGCAUCCAUCCUCCCGUAUACACCGCCCUCAUCCUCCUCCGUCUCUGAAAAAAAGGUCUCCACUCCAAAGGCCAGCUCCAACGCAGACCCUAACAAGCGCCUCUUCUACGCCUACGGCAACGCGGCCUCUCUCUUCGUGUUAAUGGGAGCUUACCGCGGCGGUCCUCGGACAUUCGCUGUUGUGGGUCUGGCUUCCAAGCCUCUUCACGUCUACGGCCGUCCUUGGUACAAAUGCGAGUGGAUCUCUAGCAAUGGUUCAGCUUCCUUGAGGGCCAAAGCCUACAAAAUGCUUCCCGAUUGGGGCUACGGUCGGGUGUACACGGUGGUUGUGGUGAACUGCACAUUCGCUGAAAACCCAAACGAGGACAACGCUGGUGGGAAGCUUGUCCUCCGUGCCUACUAUGGCGAGUCGCCGAGGAAAUUCGAGAAGUUCACGGUCUUGGAGGAACAACCAGGGUCCUACAAUGAGUCCAAUUACCGCCCGCCGUAUCAAUAUGAGUAUCUGUACUGCGGGUCAUCUUUGUACGGAAGCCUGAGCGCGGCGAGGAUACGGGAGUGGAUGGCGUAUCAUGCGUGGUUCUUCGGACCCAAAUCACAUUUUGUGUUUCACGAUGCGGGUGGGGUGUCGCCGGCGGUGAGGGCAGCGCUGGAGCCCUGGGUGCGAGCUGGGUGGGCUACGAUUCAAGAUAUCAGAGGCCAGGCGGAGUUCGACGGCUAUUACUACAACCAAUUUUUGGUGGUGAACGACUGUCUCCAUCGUUACCGACACGCUGCCAACUGGACAUUCUACUUCGACGUGGAUGAGUAUAUAUACUUGCCUGACGGCAGGACUCUGGAGUCCGUUAUGGAGGAAUUCUCCGAUUAUACCCAGUUCACCAUUGAGCAGAAUCCAAUGUCCAGUGUGCUUUGCUUGAACGACUCCUCCCGCAACUAUUCAAGGGAAUGGGGAUUCGAGAAGCUGCUGUUCAGAGAUUCACGAACCAGAAUCCGGCGAGAUAGAAAGUACGCAAUACAGGCGAAGAACGCAUACUCCACGGGAGUACACAUGUCUGAGAAUGUAAUUGGGAAGACACUACACAAGACCGAAACCAAGAUCCGAUACUAUCACUACCACAAUUCCAUAUCAGUACAGGGUGAGCCUUGCCGUGAAUUCCUCCCUAUCUCCGCCAAGAACAAUGUCACCUGGUUCGAUAAGCUCCCUUACGUUUAUGACGACAACAUGACGAAGCUGGCCAACACCAUCAAACAAUUCGAGCGCAAUACCAUCGGAUCCAUACAUGUGUUUCAAUACCUCACCGACAUGGGCAUCCAGGCAGAGGAGGUGAACACUGGGCAUUGGUAGUUGACUAGCGGCUUUGUGUCUUGUUGCUAAAAGGUUACUCCUUCCCUCUGCCACCGCUGCCAUCCUCUGGCCCACGCCACUUUCACUCAUGCACAGCCUACUCAAACCACAAAAAGAGUGGGGAAGGGCCAAGGGGAGGGGAGGGGGAGGGGAGAGGAAGAGAUUGAGAAAAAGGGUCCAAAAACCAACUUUGAUUUAUCUGUAAAGGUGAGAGUGCUUUAUUUUAUUUGUUGUAUUCCUUUGUAUUUUCUUAUAAAAAAAAUGUUUCAUUUUGUAUAAAAAAAAAAAAAAUCCGUCACUAUUUUCAACUUGUUCA